CCACGUGACCCAACCUCCGCCAAUGUCCCUCUGUAGUUUAUUCAGCAUGAUGGCUGCUGAUGCUGCGGUAGCUUCCUCCUCACCUCAUCGCAUCUCACCUCAUCCCUACCGCCAGCUGUCGUUUCACCUCUUCACCCUUAUCAUCCUCCUCUUCUUUCUCCCAGCCCAGGCGAAGGGAUUGCUUGGCGUCCGCCCAGAGGACACUAAAGCCGGGGAGCUGUCAGUGCAGGACGGGCUGCUCCAGGCGACCGAGGGUACGCGCUUCAUGCUGCGGGUUUACUACGCAGCAUCCUCGGUUACACAGAGAGCCAACAACCACUCUGGGAGUAGGAGACCAGAAGCUGCCGCUGCCGCACCAUGGAUCGCCUUCAUAGAAGAACCAGGUGGAGAGCGAAAGCGAGGAGAGGGGGAGAGACUGGUCCCUCCCAAACAGAACCCGUGCGUGGACGAGCAUGCUCGGAGUUCUGACAUCGAGCUCCUGGGUUCCUUCAGGUCUGCGUCCAGCCACAACUCUGUUCUAGUGGAGCUGCUCGCCAAAGACCUGCGCAAAGAUGAGCGGAUCAAAUACUACUCCAUGUGCGCGUUUGACGGGGUGAAGUGGGAGCAUUUCAGCACCAGAGACUUCUGGCUAGCCGUGGUGGAGCGACCCCCGCAUGCGGAUGUGUGGCUCCAGUUGGGGGUGUCGUUGAUGCUACUGGGGCUCUCUGCGCUCUGCAGCGGGCUGAACAUCAGUAUGCUAGCCAUGGAUCCCGUCGAGCUCCGCGUUCUCCAAAACAGCGGCACCGAGAAGGAACAAAAAUACGCACACAAGAUCGAAUCCGUGCGUAAACAUGGCAACUACAUCCUAUGUACUGUGGUACUGGGAAACGUGCUGACCAACACCUGUUUCGUGGUGUGGAUGUGCCAGAUUAUAGGGAUGACUCCCACCUCCCUUGCUACCUGCACUUUCGGGAUAUUCUUCAUAGGAGAGAUCCUGCCUCACUCUGUGGCGUCCAGACACAGCCUAGCCAUCGCCUCCAAAACCAUCUGGGCCACCCGGCUUCUAAUGCUGGUCUCCUUCCCCAUCUCCUACCCAAUCUCCAAGCUCCUAGACAUCAUGCUUCACCAGGAGAUCAGUAACUUCUACACCAGAGAGAAACUGGUGGCCAUGCUGCGCGUCACAGACCCCUACCACGACCUGGUCAAAGAGGAACUCAACAUCAUCCAGGGCGCCCUGGAGUUACGCACCAAGACCGUAGAACAAGUUCACACCCCUCUGGCGGACUGUUAUAUGCUCUCUUCAGAUGCUGUUCUAGACUUCUGUACUAUGUCUGACGUCAUGCAGAGCGGGUUCACCCGGAUCCCGGUCUAUGAGAACGACAGGUCCAACAUCGUUGAUAUCCUGUUCGUCAAAGACCUGGCGUUUGUGGACCCGGAUGACUGCACCCCGCUGAAGACCAUCACCCAGUUCUACAAACACCCCAUGCACUGUGUGUUCAGAGACACCAAACUGGAUGUGAUGCUGGAGGAGUUCAAGAGAGGUAAAUCUCACCUGGCCAUAGUCCACAGGGUGAACAGUGAGGGGGAGGGGGACCCCUUUUAUGAGGUCCUGGGAAUUGUUACUUUGGAGGACGUUAUCGAAGAAAUCAUCAAGUCUGAGAUUGUGGACGAGACAGACCUCUACAUUGAUAAAAGGACUAAGAGGCGUGUGUCUCACCAUGAGAGGAAGCAACACGACUUCUCUAUCUUUAAAAUGUCAGAGAAUGAGAUGAAGGUGAAGAUAUCCCCUCAACUGCUGCUAGCUACACACCGUUUCCUGGCCACAGAAGUGGAGCCCUUCAAGCCAUGUCAUCUCUCAGAGAAGAUUCUUCUUUGUCUAAUCAAACACCCCAGUGUCGUUCAGGAACUUAAGUUUGACAGGAAGAACAAAGGAGCACCACAGCACUUCCUGUAUAUGAGGAACAAACCUGUCGACUACUUUGUCCUGAUUUUACAGGGUAAAGUUGAGGUGGAGAUUGGUAAGGAGGCUCUUCGUUUUGAGAACGGAGCUUUCUCCUAUUAUGGAAUGCCAGCCCUCAUACCACCAUUGUCCAUAGUCAACAGGUUUGGUUCUGGUAGCAGUGGGUUGAACCAGUCAGACUCUGUCCUAUCAGGAGGCAGUGUGGGUCAGCUGAGUAUAGGAGGGGGAGGAGUCUACCUACCUGACUUCUCUGUCAGACAACUCACUGACCUACAGAUUAUAAAGAUCUCGAGGAACCACUACCAGAAUGCACUAACAGCCAGUCUUAUGGACAGUGUACCCCAGACUCCCGAUCCUGAGGGGAGACCCACCCUCCCUGAGGCCCGCUCCCACAGCAUCGCCCUGCCCCUGACGCACACAUUCACUCACCUGCAACCUGUCCUGGAACGACACACACACACAGAGACCGCUGGACCGCUCACCUCACAGCUCAAUGAAAGGAGUUGCAUAGUCCGCAGUAAGUCAGAUGGACAGAGGAGCCCCAGUGACUCAGUGUUUCUACGGAUGGAUGACAUUCCCUACAUCCGAGAGGACAGACCGGAAGACUGUCAGGAAGACCAACCAGAGGAGCCACCAGAGAAGGAACCGGAAGAUCGAACAAAAGACUGUCCGGAGGACUGUCCAGAAGACCAGCUAGAAGACAGGCAAGAAGACCGGCUGAAAUACCAACUGGAAAGCCAAGAAGGGAAUGGUAACAAGAGGAGUUCUUGGAUGGGAGAAGAAGGUGGAGGAAGGCAUGGAGCAGUCAUCGUUGACCACCCAGCACAAAGCCAGAGAGAAGAGACAACAGGGGAAGAAGAAGAAAGUCGAUGAAGAGGAACAAAAGAGGGAAAUAGCAUGUCUAGACCUGAGCCAUAUUAGAAAUAUUUUGUUUUGUCAACCAAGAAGACGAAAAUGUCUGUGUUCUACCAUCCGACAGUUUUUUAAGGGAACUGUCCUUAUCAUAGAAUACUUAUCAUAGAAUACUUAUCAUAGAAAACCUAUCCUAGAAUACUUCUAUCAGUCAAUCACCGAUGGCUGGUAGGAGUCCUGCCAUGUGAAUGCCAUCCUCACUGCCAGUGUUCUGGCCACACAAAGGGAAGAAACACACACCAGCCAUGAGAACAAGCACAAUGUCUACAACCACAGGGACUUUAUACUGAUUCAAAGGAGCAGUCUGUCUUUUCUUUGUCACAUGUGGCCACUGGAAGAAAUGCACAAACAGUCAAGUCUCAGGCAACACACACGCACACACAUACACACGCACACACACACACACACACACACACACAUACACACACACACACACACACACACACAGUUCCAUUGAAGUCAAUGUACUCCCAGUCCUACCGGAUCUAUACUUGUUACCAGAUGUUAAACUGCAGAUUGCAGCUUUAAUACAGAUGUAUAAUAACUGUAACUGAGUUCCAACAAACCUGCCACCUGAAACAAGGGAUAUGCAAUAUUUACAAUCCCCAAAACAUACGGCACUACGUUUUACCUACAUUUGCAAAGGUAUUUUAUUAUGAAUAGAUAAUAUGAUACAGUGCCUUGCGAAAGUAUUCGGCCCCCUUGAACUUUGCGACCUUUUGCCACA